CGCGCGUGCGCAGCCCGGCUCCGGGCCAUGGCUGGCUGGGCCGGGGUUGCGCUGUCGGCGCUGAACCCUCUGCGCACGCUGUGGCUGGCGCUGGCCUCCUCCUUCCUGCUAACGUUGCUGCUUCAGCUGGCGCCGAAGCGGCUACUGCCGAGCUGCGCGCUCUUCCAGGACCUCAUCCGCUACGGCAAGACCAAGCAGGCCUGCCCGCCGCGCCCCGCCAUCUGCCGGGCCUUCGAUGUCCCCAAGAGGUAUUUUUCUCACUUCUACGUCAUCUCGGUGCUGUGGAAUGGCUUCCUGCUUUGGUUCCUUACUCAAUCUCUGUUCCUAGGAGUGCCUUUUCCAAGAUGGCUUCAUGCUUUGCUCAGAAUUCUUGGGGCUGGACAGUUCCAAGCACUGGGGAUGGAAUCCAAGCCCUCACAAAUACUAGAGGCUGAGCUGGCCCUAUCUGCCUUCUUGGUGCUGGUGUUCCUCUGGCUACAUAGCCUGCGGAGACUCUUCGAGUGCUUCUACGUCAGCGUCUUCUCCAAUGCAGUGAUUCACAUUGUGCAGUACUGUUUUGGACUUGUCUACUAUGUCCUAGUUGGCCUAACCGUACUGAGUCAAGUGCCCAUGGAUGACAAGAAUGUCUCUGUACUAGGGAAGAAUCUACUGAUGCAAGCUCGGUGGUUCCAUACCCUGGGAUUGCUGAUGUUCAUCUGGUCAUCUGCCCAUCAGUACAAGUGCCACCUCAUUCUCAGCAAUCUCAGGAGAAACAAAAAAGGAGUGAUUAUUCACUGCCAGCACAGGAUCCCCUUUGGAGACUGGUUCGAGUAUGUCUCAUCACCCAACUACUUAGCAGAGCUGAUGAUCUACAUCUCCAUGGCUGUCACCUUUGGGUUCCACAACUUAACUUGGUGGCUGGUGGUGACAUAUGUCUUCUUCAGCCAAGCCUUGUCUGCAUUCUUCAGCCACAAAUUCUACAAAAGCACAUUUGUCUCCUACCCAAAGCAUAGGAAAGCUUUCCUGCCAUUUUUGUUUUAAGGUACCUUCUGUGGUGAAGAAAGCAGGCCAGGGGACAGGUUUGAUUCCUAGAGAUGCAAAGCCAGAGACCAAAAUACACUUUGUGCAGGACUGUCGGAAGUUCUCUGUUCCACUUCAACACUGAGAAGUCUUCCCUGAAAGAGCAAGGCAGUGCUCCUAGAGAAGACGAGUCUUCAGAAUGGCUUGGAGAAGAUAUUUCUGGGAGACCUGGGGUUGCAGUGUCUGCUUUCUGCCAUGCUUUACAAGGAAAAGCAGCUGGUAAAAACUAAAUCAGUGUUUUAAGCUGCCUCAAGAGCACACUAACCAAGAGUAUGAACAGCUUCACACACAUGUGCUCGUUCUCGCUCUAGCAGUCUCUCUCUCUCUCUCUCUCUCUCUCUCUCUCUCUCUCUCUCUGAAACAAGCAAGAUCAUCUGCAGCUGGCCUAGCUUGUUUUGGAACAGUGAACGAGACUGAAUAAUAUGGGAUAUAGCAGGAAGUCAGUAAAUGCCACAUGUGAAUAAAACAGAAUAACCUUUGAAAAUAACAGUGUCUAAUAUCACACCAACAGUUCCAGUGGUUCUAGGGAGAAGGAGUUUGUUGGAUUUAGUUUGUACUCCACACAUUACCACCAGGAUCUCCAAUUAUGUCACCAUCAAUAGCCUUUGCCAUUUAUCUCCUGCAAAGCAGCCUAAGGAUAAGUUGGGAACCUCUUUGACUGGAUUCUCUUUUGACACCUGUACUGAAAGCAUCAGGAAAUAAAAUAUUUUUAUACUUA